CUAGAAUUACUCUUAAGUCUAGAGCUAGAUAAAACUUUUUUUUUUUAAAUUUAUCUAUAAUAUAAAAUAUAACGAUAUCUUAUCAAAUACAUGAUUACGCCAAAAAAAAAGAAGCAAAAGAAGAUAUUUAGAUCUACGUAUUAUUACGCAAUAUUUUAUAUAAUAAAUUAUAAAUCUACUUUUUAUAGAUCUACUUUAACUUAGACUAGUCAUUCUAGAGUCUAGACUAGUCACGACAGUGACUACUCACUAGUAGACUCUAGACGAUCUAGUAUCAUGAAAAUCUAGAUCUAGUUAAAGUUAAUCACUAGUUUAUUAUUCUGAGUAGUAGUUAGUCAAAAUCUAGUGACUAGUCAUCUAGUGCAGACACUGAGAAACUAUAACUACUAGACACUAGUAGUAGUAAGUUAGGACUAUGUAGCAUAAAGGCCAACCUAAGCCUAAGGCGACCUAAGUUUAAAGUCUAAGUGUAAGCCAACAUUGAACAAAGAAAUUCUGCAUUAAAUUCCAGAUCAGACAAAAAAAAAAGAGAUGCUUCCUUUAGUUUUAAAAUAAAUUUUUAAAAUGAUACGAGGGGAAAGCUAUACCUUAAAUAGCUCUACCAAGGAACUCAUCCAGGAUGCUGCAUCUGUGUUGGUAAAUAAAUUAGCUGCUGCUAUUCAGGCAGGGGAAAAUGAUCAAGCCAAGCAAAUAGUUGACAAACUGGCCAGCUUGAAGCUCAAACUAGACAUCAGCAUUCCAAAAGAUGAAAAUGAACAGAGGAGCAAAGAAAAGGAGUUCAGUAUUAGAGUUCAUGUUGAGGACAGAGUAUCUGAAGGAUGUUACUUUAACCUGAUGGUGAAAGCCUGUGAUACAAUAACGGAUCUCAAAAGAAAGGUCAUGUUGAUACACGAUUUCCCCAUGGAAGUACAGAGGUGGAUCAUUGGCAAGAAAAUCUUCAGUGACACAGAUAAGCUAGGUCAGUGUGGAGUGAAAGCAUCGAACCACACCAUUUACUUGUAUCUUGUGACGGCUCGAUCUGUGGGACUUAAUCAACAAAGUUAUCAACAGGAGAGACAAUCCCUAAUUGAAGGCAGAGCUCUGCAGCCUUUAGCACUGUCUCAAGAAGGAGAUGAUUCCUGUGCUUGGACACCAUUGCAGCAAGGUCUAGAGGAACUAGAGCACACCAUAGUCCACAGUGGUAUGGCUAGCAGGCAAGCAUCCAAAGCUUCACUCACCAGUUCAAGUUCAUUACUACAGGAAUUAGUUUCGAACAAUGCUCUUCAACACUCUCCUCCUCCAAACGCAGCAUCUGAAAGACCUAGGUCUGUGAGAACGGAGUCUAUGCUUCUUGAGCAAUCCAAUUUUUCUUCAGGCUAUAGGUCAAAGACACCGCCAAGGUCACCAUCUGCUGUAAAAAAAAAUGAGCCUGUUGGAUGGCAGUGUUCUAUAUGUACACUCAUCAAUCUGCCCAUUAGACCAGGAUGUGAAGCCUGUGCUGCCCCACGACCUUCGAACUACUGCAUUCCACCUGGCUACCAGCUAACACCAGAAGAACUAGCUCUUUAUGAGAAGGAACAACAAAUGGAAAGAUUGACUCGAGAGGCAGAGGAGACUGUGAAACAGCAAAACUUUCAGAUGCUGAUGGAGAUGGAUGACCAAGACCUAGUCUCCAAUGUGGAUUGCUUCGAAUGCCCAAUAUGUUUUGAUGAGAUUGACGACGGAGAUGGAAUAGUGCUUCGAGAAUGUCUUCACAGUUUUUGCAAACCUUGUUUAUUGGAAGCUGUGAGACACACUGAAGAUGCUAUUGUGAAAUGUCCAUAUCAAGACAAUGUGUAUUCUUGUCAGUCAGUUCUCCAGGAGAGAGAGAUCAAAGCACUUGUUCCUGUAGACAUUUUUGAAAGGUUUUUACAAAGAGGUUUAGACCAAGCAGAAUCUAGAAUGACCAAUGCUUACCAUUGUAAAACAGCUGACUGCCAUGGUUGGUGUAUUUAUGAAGACCUGGUCAAUUUUUUCAAGUGUCCAGUUUGUGAGAAAGAGAAUUGUUUAACCUGCAAGGCUAUUCAUGAAAAUAUGAAUUGUAAAGAAUAUCAAGAUGGUCUAAAACUGAGGGCAUUAAAUGAUGCAUCUGCACGACAAACUCAAGAAUUACUGCAGCAACUAGUAAAAGAUGGAGAGGCCAUGCAUUGUCCUCAAUGUUCGAUUAUAGUUCAGAAGAAAGGAGGCUGUGAUUGGAUCAAAUGUUCUAUUUGUAAACUGGAGAUUUGUUGGGUGACCAAGGGACCCAGGUGGGGUCCAAAGGGUGAAGGGGACAUAACUGGUGGAUGUAAAUGCCGUGUAAAUCAAACUAAAUGUCAUCCACAAUGUAUCAAUUGUCAUUAAGACUGACACCUGCAAUUGCAAGACACCUGCCAACUUUUCUAAUUGCGCAUAAAACUAUUCUGCCAGCUGGGAACUAUUUGACUGCCAACUACUUUGGUGUUAGACAAAGCAAAGUUCAACCUAGUGUUGGACACCCACCUUUUUUUAUUUAUUGAGCUUUGAAUUCACUCUUUUGAAACUUGGAGACAACUAUUCCUUCCUUGUAAGAUGUGUAUUGAAUUAUUCUACUGGAUAAUUAUUCAUUCAUUUUAUGAUCAAAGGAGUGAUGUGUAUCAGUAGACAGAGGGUAGAGGUGUAACAGUAGUUAUAUGCAUAACAAAUGUACAAUGAAUAAUGUCAAAUAUUUGUUGUAUACUAGUGAUCAGAUGAUUGAUGUAUAACAGUAGUCCAAUGAUUGAUGUAUAACAGUAGUCCAGUGCUUGAUGUAUAACAGCAGUCCAAUGAUUGAUGUAUAACUGUGGUCCUAUGAUUGAUGCAUAACAGUAGUCCUAUGUGUAAUGUAUAUUUCAAUAAUAAUAUAAUUAACGUAUUUACUUUACAUCUUUAGUGGGAAUUCUACUAUAGAGCAUGACGUGACAGUCUUAAUCUAAUACAAGAAAGUUGGAGGAUUUUUAAUAUAUAUAUAUAUAUUAGCAUUAUACAUAAUUAUAUGAACUGCAAUGGCCAUACAUUGUAAAACAUUGGAGAAGAAACUGAAGAAUAGAAUGGCACCUCCUUGAAAACGUCUGAACUGGGAGUCAGGCUAAAGAGGAGAGUGAACUUAUGUUGUAGUGACAUACUUACACGUGGCGAGGACGGAAGAAAGGCCCACUAACCCAGUCCCAUCCAUCACACCGCUCCCCAGUUGGGGCUAUACGGGUAAAGUUCCCCUUUCAGACUUUCCGAUCUAUAGGGGGGAUGAGGUGACCUGAAAAAAUAGCUCCGACAAAAUAGCGCGAAAUUUCCCUGCAAAGUAGCGCGGACUAAUAUACGAUGUUUAUAAAAGUACCAGAUUUUUAGUAAGUGAAGAUCCUGGGCAGCAUUUUUUGUUGAGCGUUGAGGCCUCUAUCUUCUUCAAAAUACAAUGUAUUAUUUAAUCUAGAAGUAUGCCAUAUUUGCAGAGGAAGAGUGCAGGCCUACUUUAAAUUAUAUUGCAUUCUUCUUUUUCACCAAUGCUUAAAAUAAAUUUCUUGCUAACAAAUACGUAAAAUGUUUUACAUGUUUCGGAUGUUCCUUCAGAGUUGAAGAUAGUUUACUUCCUAGUCCAAACCUCCUGCAGGACGACGGGGGAUGGGAGCGGGCAGGGUUUGAACCCGGGACCAUCGAUAAAUCCAAACGACAGUCCAGAGCGCAAACCGCACGACCAGACAACCAUCCAAUACGUUUUUGAAAUGUCGUGAUCCCGCUCAAGGACUAGGUAUAUGUUGAUGUGUGUGGUACACAUGUAUGUGUGUGUAAUUUUAAAGAACUAUCAUACUAUAUAUUUCAAGUCCAUUUUUUGGAAUAUAAAUAAAUGCUAUACCGGUAUUUUGAAAUCGCGCAUUUAAUCUUAUUAUAAAUCUUGCAUAAUGUUUGUAUAAGCACAUUUUAAGAUAUUUAUGUUUCCUGCAAAAUGACGGAAAAAUAUUGCAAAUAUUAAAAUAAAAUAAAGAUAUUUUCUCUAUUCAUAUUUUAAAA